CAGGCAAUUUUGGACACCCAGAGGCUGUUUGAAGAGAAGCGAGCAAUAACAGAGAAUGGCAGAGGUUGUGGUGUGCUCUCUGCUCGACCAACUACAACCCAUUUUCCAUGAAGAGGCAAUAAUAUCAGAUUGUCUCCAGGAAGAAGUUGAGCAGAUCAGAGAUAAGUUUGAGCAAAUGAGGGUCUUCUUGAGAGAUGCCGAUGCUAGAGAAGAGGAUGACCCAGGACUCAGAGUUUGGGUUGAUGAAGUUCGAGACGUUGCCUAUGAUACUGCAGUUGUUCUUGAUGAAUUCAUGCUCCUGAUGUCCCAUCAUCAUGGGGUUGGAUUCUGUGGUUUUCUUCAAAAGAUUGUUUUCUUUUUUAAGAACUUGGAAGCUUGCUUUCGGGUGCCUCGCGAGAUACGAAGAAUCAAGUUAAGGGUCGACAAUAUUUCUAAUAGUCGUGAGAAGUUUUGGAGGCUAAAUCCAGACUCAAGCUCUGCUGUCAUUAGCAACACAUGGGAUGAUAGUCGACAUGAUGCGUCUCAAAUAGAAGAAGCUGAGCUUGUGGGCAUCAAGAUGCCCAAACGACAGCUCCUUAGCUGGCUUUUUGAUGGUGAUUCUCGUCUCAAAGUGGUUUCGGUGGUGGGAAUGGGAGGUUUAGGCAAAACCACAUUGAUAAAGAAAGUUUUUGCGGCUGAAGAAGUCAAGAAACACUUUGAACUCUAUGCUUGGAUCCUUGUUUCACAAUCACGUCAGAUUGUGGAGCUCUUGAAGAACAUAGUUGAACAACUCUAUGAUCAGAUAAUGCAACCACGGCAUACAAGAGUGGACAUGAUGCGCAUUGACUCGAUGCAAUCAAUCAUCAGAGAAAUCAUCCGUGGACGAAGGUACGUGGUUGUGUUAGAUGAUGUAUGGAGCAUAGAGGCAUAUGAUGCCAUCAUGUGUGUAUUGCCUGAUGACAAUUGUGGUAGUCGUGUACUGCUCACCACGCGUAUGUUUGAUGUAGCUCGUGCUUCCUGCUUAAAAUCACUUGGCUACAUGUACGAAAUGAAGCCCUUGUCUAAUAAUGAGUCUUGGGAAUUAUUUUGUAAGAAGACAUUCGAGGACCAACACUGCCCUCAACAUUUAAAAGUAUUUGCACAAAACAUAUUAAGAAAAUGUGAGGGAUUGCCACUUGCAAUUGUUGCAAUUAGUGGCACAUUGGCUUUAAAGGACAAAAGUAGAAUAGACGAGUGGGCGAUGGCUCAACGCAAUCUUAGUGUUGCACUGGAAGGCAGUUACAAAUUUGAGAGAAUGAUAAAAUUACUGUCUACCAUUUAUUAUGAUUUGCCUUUCCGUCUCAAAUUUUGUUUUUUGUACUUGAGCAUGUUUCCUGAGCAUCAAGAAAUUGAAAAGAUGAGAGUGAUUCGACUAUGGAUUGCAGAAGGAGUCGUGAAAGAAAGAGGAAAACAGACUUUAGAAGAAGUUGCCGAAGGGUAUUUCAAUGAACUUUUUAAUAGAAGCUUAAUCCAAGUGGCGAAGACAACAUUGGAGGGAAGACCUAGAACAUACAGCGUCACUGAUCUUUUGUUUGAAGUUAUUCUUUCGAAGAUGCCUGGGUUAGGCAUUGUACAUGUUGCCAGCAAUCAAGAUAGAAUGGGGCCAACAAAAGUUCGACGCUUAGCAAUACAGAGCUCCAUGGAAAAUGUACAAGAAAGCCAACAUUUUGACCAACUUUGCUCUCUGCUCGUAUAUGGGGAUUCAUAUUCAAUACCCAAUUCAUCUGUACGUUUGCGAACACUCUUAAGUGGUGUUUCUAAGUUUUUGAGGGUGUUGGAUUUAAGCGAUGCUCCAAUGGAGACAUUCCCAGAUCUAGUUUGCGAACUACUACUUCUCAAGUAUCUAAGCAUGAGGAAUACAAUUGUGGAAGUCGUUCCAAAAUCCAUCGGAAAUCUUUUGAACUUGCAGACCUUGGAUCUGAGAGCUACCAAUGUUCACGAGUUGCCAGUCGAAAUGGGAAAGCUUGGAAAACUUCGACAUCUCCUAGUGUAUCCUGACAAACUUGAAGGGGUUGUUUUUAAAGCUCCAGCAAAUAUAGGAAAUUUGUCGUCUCUACAAAAGCUUGUUACGAUUGUGGCAAACCAAACGAAUGGGGAAAGUAUAAUGGGAGAAGUAGGGAAGCUUACUCAGCUAAGGACUUUACGCAUCACAAAAUUAAGAAGAGAAGAUGGAGUGGUCCUAUGCUCAUCCCUUGAAAAACUGGGCAACCUUCGCUCAUUGAAUGUUGCCUCAGUAGAAGGGGCUGAGAUCAUUGAUAUGAGAUCUUUAUCUUCAGGUCCCCCAUUUCUGCAAAAGCUAUAUUUGAGAGGUCGUUUAAAGGGGGUUCCACGAUGGAUACCUUCUCUUCAUAUUCUGACUAGAGUGUGGUUACAUGGAAGCCAGUUAAUGGAUGACUCACUACUGCUAUGCCUACAAGAUUUGCCCAAUCUCCUAGAACUUGGACUCAUUGAUGCUUAUGAGGGAGAGAAAUUGUGUUUCGAGGCUGGAGGGUUUCAAAGGCUGAAGAGGUUACACUUUGGUAGAUCAAAGGCUCUGAGAAGGUUGAUCGUUGAGGAUGGUGCCAUGCCUCAUCUUGUGGAGUUGUCUAUCGUGGCAUGUGACAAAUUGGAGGAAGAACCAUUUGGAAUUGAACAUCUAACCAACCUUCAAUCACUUGCUAUAUCUGGUGGCGUUGAUUCAUGGGUUAAGAUCCUGCAAGAUCGAGAUAGUGAAGGUGGGGAUUAUUUGAAAAUCGCACACAUUCCUCAGGUCACGAUAAAUCUUAUUAGGUAAUACUUGUGGGUGCACCAUGGUUGGAUUGAAUAUGUUACAGACUUAUGCAUUGUAAUUCUUAAUUUUUGCCGGAUUUGUAACUUCUAUGUAUUAUCAUGAAAUUUACUGCUCGUAUGAU